AUGCUUCAUAAUGCUCCCUCCACAACAUCUAAGAUGGACGUUUCCGCUAUGUCUUUUACACGAGGUGGGCCGGUUGCAACGAGAACAGCGAUGAUGUCCCAGUACCCCGAAGAUAGCAACACCGUUGAUCUUGGCCAUUUUGCAAAAACCGACCGUGAGGAGGAGGAUGAUGUUGACGAGCUUGCUGAGCCUUGCGAGAAAUACAAUAUCAGAGAAACUCCCCAUGUGUUUUGUCCAGUUCGCAUCGGGGAAACCAUAAACUUGGCCAAGGAGGGUCGUCCACAGUCUGGAUGGCCUAUGAUCUUCAAAAGUAAGAGGGAUGUGGCUCUCAAAUCAAUGUCCACUCGCAUGUCUGCUUCUCACCAGCUGCUUGAGGCCUUGGAAAGCCUACACAAGGGUGGAAUCGUUCAUCGCGGCGGGCUACAAAAUACAGGCUUCUCGGUCGGCCGCUCAAGUGAGCCAUCCCACAUGACGCAGGACUUUGGAAACCAGGAGAAGACCCGCGGUAGUUGGUAUGGCCCUGAUACCAAGCCACAUCCUAAAUUCCUACUUUCGGCAAUCAAAGCACGCGCGCAUCCCGAAUCAGACCCUAUUGAACGACAACAUAUACUUCCUAUCAUGACUCUAGGAUUCAGUUGCCAUCCCCGGAAGCGGCCAACCGCUACCCAGCUUCUGCAGGAUAGUUCAUUCAGAGCUAUCAUGGAGAAGUACUGUCAUUGA